AUGAAUCCCUUCACACGGGCAACUGCAGCCUGGUACCCGGUCGGUUAUGCGUCCGAGUUCCCAAGUAUCGAUGAUGAUGCCCGAAUCGUGCCAAGAUGCAAGGCUUUCAAGAUUCCUAGAUCAAACGGUGCCAUGGAACAAGUCGAAGACAUCGAUCUACCCGGAGAACUAAAAGAUCAAGUCCUGGUCUUCAAAUUCAAGGGAAAAUAUCAUGCGAUUGAUCAUCAAUGUCCCCACUCGUCAUUCCCGCUUUCACGGGGCAAUCUCUUUGAUAUUGAAGACUUUGGCGUUGUCCUCAGCGCAGGUCUCACCUGUCCAAAGCAUGGUUGGUCGUUUGAUAUAUUCUCCGGACGCGCCGAUCGUGGCAACUACCAACUCAAGGUGUGGGAGGUGGAGCUACGCGACUCAUCGGCACCUGGGAGUACGGAUCAAGAGGUUUGGGUGAGACGGAAGCAGAGAAUUGGUUAA